AUGAAGCUCUCCAACAUUAUCACCCUCUCCCUCAGCGCAGCUGCCAUCGCCGCUCCCUCGCCAGAUAAUAUUGACUCCCGCGCCAAUCUCCCUGGCCUCAACGCCCUUCAAAGCAAAUACGCCAACGCAAUCAUCGCCCAAGCAAAGAAGGAUGGUGUCGGCCCUCACGGCUGCCAAGCUGCCAUUGCCACGGCCAUGGUUGAAGUAAGGCCUCACAAACUACCCAUUAUACGCAACACUAACGCUCGUACAGACCAGCAUCAUCAUGUACGCCAACAAAGGAGUCCCACAGUCGCUGAACUAUCCGCACGAUCGUGUUGGUUCCGACCACGACAACAUCGGGCUGUUCCAGCUCCGUGCGUCCGUGUACAAGAACAUUGCGUGUGA